UUGAAUGUCCAGAUAAUCAUCAUCAUCAUCAUCAUCACUAUUAUUAUAACGGCAAGAAAAUUAAAUCAAUCGAUUGGAAAAUUAUAGAAAUUUUCUUGCUCAUUAUCAUUGUGAGUAGUGGUGGUGGUGGUGGAAUCCACGUGGAUAAUUUUAUUGUACAUGAAUUGUUUUUAUUCAUUAUCAGCUAGCCACCGCCGGUAUCAUAAUUUGAAUUCAAUAUUUUGUUUUUUGAUUUAAUCGUAAAACGAUGAUAAACGGGUUUUUUUUAUAGAUAAACAACGUGAAUUUUAAUUUUUCUUGCUGUAUUUUCCUGUAUUGUUCAUGAUGAAGAUUUGUUAAAUGGGCUAAAUUUUUUUUUUUUUUUUGAAUAAUUUGGUUAAUUACGGCAAAACACACAAUGAUAAUGAUAAUGAAUUCGAAUACAACGACAACGACAACAACCAAUACUUUACCAAUAAAUAAUACAACAAAUGGUAAUAUCAUCAAUAGUGGUACUAAUAAUAAUGAUCAACAAUCACAACAACAACAACAAACAAAAAGCAUCGUAAAUAAUGUUGAUGAUGAUGAUAUCACUACUAAAGAACUUGGUGAUUUACUUAAUUUUUUUUCCGGUAGUUCAAGUUCACCAUACCGUAAUCGUGAUAAUAAUGUUGAUUCAUUAACCACUAAAAUUGAAGAGCAAUGUAUUCGUUUAAUAUCGAAAGAUUAUUCAAAAUUUAUUGUCAUAAAAAAUGAUAAGGGACAAUUAUCAACUAGUUAUCCAUCGAAAAUUGUCAUUCCUGAAAUUGAAAUAAUCAAUAAUAAUAAUAAUCAUUAUUAUAAGCAACAUGUGAAUAAAGAUAAAGGUAGUGUUGAUUCGAUUGAUCGAAAAAUAAUGAUGGACCAUUUUAAUGGUGAACAACAAAAAUAUCCAUCAUCCAAUACCGUAUAUAAUGGUAAUAAUAAUCAAGUGCCUAUUGAUGAAGUGGAUAAUAUGACUAUUAAUCAACGACAACAAAAAAAAUUAAUAAAUGAUAAAAAUUUCGCUCAUGAAAAAUUUGAUGUUCAUAAACUAAAAGAUUUGAUAGGAAAAGCACGUGUAGCACGUUGUCGUGCACGUUUUCCAAUUCCUGCCAUUUUAUAUAAGAAUAAAUAUAUUUGCCGUUCAGCAACAUUAUCAAGUGCUGCCGAAAUAUUUGGACGUUCAGUACUGGAUUAUACAUUAUUUAAUGAUAAAAAAAAUUAUACAUCAUCACAAAUGAAUUGUGAAAAUAUUAUCGAAACAAUUGUCGACGAUGAUGAUGAUGAUUUUAUUAAAGCAAAUUAUAUUGAAAAUAAUAAUAUUGUUGAUGAUAAUGAUGAUUCACCACCGAUUGCCAAUAGAUUGAAUAUUGCCGAUUCUACUAAAUUAUUUUCACAUUUUCGUAAUCAAGAUAUAAAAUUAUUAAAAUAUUUAAAUGUCAAGCUUAUUUGUGAUUUAAUGUUGGAAAAGAAAAAAGUUAAAUUCGGCAUGAAUGUUACAUCGUCGGAAAAAGCGGAUAAAAAGAAUCGUUAUUCUGAUUUCAAUAUUUUAUCACUGCCAUAUCCUGGUUGUGAAUUUUUUCGUGAAUAUCGUGACAAUAGCUAUUCAGGUGAAGGAUUGAUAUAUGAUUGGAAUCAAGAUUUUGUUGACGCUGAAUUUGGUUUUGAUAAUUCUAUUGAAAUAUCAAAAAUUUUAAACCUAAAUUUCAAUGAAUAUCGUUCAUGGGAUGUUAUUCGUUUGACACAGAAUUAUAUUAAAUUAAUGCUUUAUUUUCUUAAAGAAUUUGAUUCAUCAUUAUUGAUACAUUGUAUUUCUGGCUGGGAUCGAACACCAUUAUUUAUUUCAUUAUUACGUUUAACAUUAUGGGCUGAUGGUGAAAUACAUAAAUCGUUAAAUGCAGUGGAAAUUUGCUAUCUAACCGUUGCUUAUGAUUGGCUUUUAUUUGGCCACGACUUGAAUGAUCGUUUGAAUAAAGGCGAAGAAAUUAUGUUUUUUUGUUUUCAAUUUUUAAAAUUUAUUACUUGUGAUGAAUUUAGUAUCGAUCAAAUUCAACAACAACAACAACAACGACAAUCUGAUCAAACGCCAAUUGCAAUAAAUGGAUUUGAAAAUGAUGAAGAAAAAAUGGUACGAAAAAUUAGUACCGAUAGUUUUACAUUGUAUGAAGAUUUUGUUAUUGAAAAUAUUCCAAAUAAUGUAACAUUAAACAGUAAUAGUAGUAUUGGUAGUUCAUCAAGUUUGAAUCGUAAUAGUAUGGUACCGGUAAACACUAUUAAUGGUAUGAAUAAUAAAUCCGAAGAUUCAUAUUCACUUGUAUCAACAUUUGAAUUUGAACAACAAACAACUGUAACAACGACAACAAACAUUAAAGAUUCGUCAUCAUCAUCAUCAAACAAUUUGAAUAUUCAUGAUAAUAAUCUAAUUGAUAAUAAUCAUCAUGAAUUAAAUGAUACAGCAGAAAUAAUAUCAUCAUCAUCAUCACAACCAUCUGAAAUGAUUGCUACAUUAACAUUGGAUGAUGUUGAUGAUACUGUUAAUCAUUUUGGUUCACCACCACCACAACGACGACGACGACAACAACAACAACAACAAAAUGGUUCAUUCAAUAAUAAUGAUAAUAAUUUUUGUGAACAUUCAGAUUUACAUUCAUCAACACAACCGGUACAAAUACCGAAUUCAAAUAAUCAUUAUCAUCAUCAUCAUCAUAAUCAUCAUCAUCAUAGUGAUCAAUCACAUUCAUUAUCAAAUGGUUCAUUAUGUCGAUCGGAUAGUUGGCAAUUUGUAUCGGAAGCAUCAAGCAUUAUUGAUAAUCAUUCAAUUUUAAAUCAACAUUUUAGCUCACCAGAAUCGUUUAGUUCAUUGGCCAAUGCUAAUAAUAAUAAUAAUAAUAAUAAUAGUAGUAACAAUCGUCAUCAUUCUAACAGUGGUAAUAAAAAAUGUCAAUCACCAUUGAAUUUUAAUGCAAAUUCAUCAACACUAUCAUCAUCGUCAUCAUUAUUGAUUCAAUCAAAUAAUAAUCAUCGAUCACGAACAAAACGAGGUGAACGUUUACUUGAAGUUCGUUCAUUAUUUAAUAGCGCCUAUAUGUCAAUCAAUUCUCAUCAUCAUAAUAAUGGUGGCGGUGGUAGUGGUGGUGGUUUAGUCACCAAUUUUAUGGAUCAACUUUGUCGUACGGUCAAUAUUUGAUUUUUCUUAUACGAAUCUUUAUCUUGCUGAUAAUAAUCUACAAUUUUGGAUUUGUUGAAAAGUUUUUUCAUUUUUUUUUCUCUCUAUCAUUGUUUUUCAAUUGUUCAAUUUUGAUCAUUUGAAAUUA